AUGAAGGCUCUCAACCUCGACCAGUACGAUGCGGUCGUGGUGAUGUCCGGAGACGGACUUAUUCACGAGGUCAUUAAUGGCUUUGCAGAGCAUCCUCAGGCUAGAGAGGCGUUGCGUAUGCCGAUUGCUCCCAUACCAAGUGGAUCAGGUAACGCGUUAGCUGUCAAUGUUCUUGGACCACAGGACGGAUACAAUGUAUCUGCCGCCGCCUUAAAUGUCGUCAAAGGCAUGUACAUCGGACGACUUAUGGCUAUGGACCUGUGCGCCAUAUCUCAAGGUGGAAAGAGCUCGUUUUCGUUCCUUUCGCAAGCUGUUGGCAUGUUCGCCAAUCUGGACUUGGGCACCGAACAUUUGCGCUUCUUGGGAUCAAACCGUUUUGUCCUAGGGUAUAUCUACGAAGCUUUGCGAAAAAAGCCGUGCCCAGUCAAGUUGUCCAUGAAACUAGUAGACAGCGACAGGAAACGCAUGCUCCGCAACUUGCACGAACGUCAGUCGAGGGCGCGCGCGCAAUUCGCUCUUGAACAUGAUCCUUUGAACAUGGGACCUACCACCGGAUCCAGCGACGAGACACUCUCAAACGAGUCCACUGUCCAGCUUUCAAAAUCUCCAGGAUCACCGCCAGCGAUGCUAUCCGCAGAAGAAGAUGGCUGGGUCACGUUCAAUGAGCCUCUCUUAUACAUGUACGCCGGAAACGGGCCAUGGGUCUCCCGUGAAUUCAUGCAAUUUCCCGUCGCUGUCUCAGACGACGGACUGAUCGACAUCGUCGUGCAAGAUUGCACUGCAACACGGUGGAUGUUGUUGCGCGCCAUCGACGGAGCGGAGAAGGGUCACACGUACUGGAUGUCUACGCAACACUAUUUCAAGGUAUUAGCUUACCGGAUUGAGCCGUAUUCUAAGGGCCACCUCUCCGUUGAUGGGGAGCGAUACCCGUUCAUGAGGAUAGAGGUGGAAUCCCAUCGGGGAGCCGCUAGAGUGCUGAGUCCAUAUGGGUUCUGGCAGGCCGAAUUCUCGGCCCCUGAAGACGGUACUAAGUGA